AUGUCUCAAUUAAAGUUGCUACAGUCCGCGAAUCCUAUUUUAUUUUCGGCUGAACAGUAUGAUAGAUAUCCCACAACUCAUGUCGAAUUAAAACAAUACUUAGAGGCACCUCACGCGCCGGAGAGACCUGCGACAAUUAUAGAUUACUUGGAUUCAAUCCUUUUCUGCGAAGAAGAUAGUGAGAUAGACUUGAAAAAGAAGCUAAGCGUAGAGUAUGCUCUUUAUAAGGCCAGCGGUCUUGCGUCUUCUGUUGCUUCCCUUGAAGAAUUGCAGAACUGGUGUACACAAAUAAGCAAUGGUGAUGGCCGCAAUGUAGACCAGGAAACGAAGGAAAAACUAUACAGCAGUCUCCUUGCUGGGCUGCAGUCGGUGAGUAUUGAAAAUGUGAGCGCCCUCGCGUUGAUGUCAGCCAACUUGGGAAGGAAUGGCGAUGACUACGAUCGAAGCUUAUCAUCAAGUAGACAUCUUCAGCAGUCCCAAAUGGAGGAGCUAACUUCCUAUCUUAUCUCUAGUUCUCUUCAAAAAGGCAUUGAUCUCAAACCCAUAGAGAAGCAACAGCCGCUACCUGAUGACAUGAAUUUUUUGAAACAAUGUAUUGAUGACCUAAUAUCAAAAUGUGAAGCAAAAGAGCAAGUAGUUAGGGUUCAAAGCCCAGUUAAAUCCUCGAGCGAACUCGAAUUGGCAUUAAAAGAUUUACAAUUAGCACACAGCUUUUUGACUAAAAAAUUCGAAGGGGACAGAAAUGAAUAUAUUCACAAUAUUGAAAGACUUUCGAAGACCAAUAAAGAACUCUCGAAUGAAUUACAAAGCUUUCAAUCUCAAAUCAGUGACCUGAAAGAGAACUGCAAAAAUUUAGAGGAUCAACGGAAAAAGCUGAAAGAUGAGCUGUCUCAAAGUUCUUUCGUCACCCCACGCGCUCAGUCUUCCGCAGAUGUAUCUUUUCCCAUGUCUCCAACUUCUGACAUGAGUUCGCCCUCAGGGAGUGGUAGACCAUACUCCUUAGCAAUCAUGAGAGCCGAAUUCAGGAAGAUUUUGAGUGAAACUCAGAAGAAAUAUGAGCGAGAACUACAAGAAGAACGACAAACAAGAAAACAGCUUGAAAAAGAGCUGGCUUCAAGGCAAUACUAG